UUAAGAAUUAUGCCUUAAGAAUUAAGAAUUGACCUACUUGUGAAACUUAAACUUUUUCUUAGGUUUAUUCCCGUAAUUGCCUUGCUUUAAAAGUAUGUACUUCUUGACCAUAGCCAUGAACAGUGUCAGGGAGGCAUGCACCCAUAUGAAGCACAAGUCCAACCAAUGCUUCAGUUGCUAUUUUGCUGAGAAAUUCCUCAAGGGAGACAGCUCCAGGGUCCGGUGCACAGAUCUCUUCAAUUGCUACCGGCAGCAUGUUCAGAAAGCAAUGAAAGAGAAAGAGAGUCCCAUUGAAGAACUGGAAUUCAUGGGCCGCAGCAAAGAAAAGCCUGAAAGCUCUUCUUGACUUUGACUGUUACCUUGAAAAUGAAUUCUAGGGCUGCAGUAGUAGCUCAGUGGUAGAGUGCCUGCCUAGUACAUGUGAGGCACUGGGUUUGAACCUCAGCACAAGGAAGGAAG